CGCUGGGUUUCGCCCCGGACUUUUGGGCUCCGGCCGGAGCGUUGCGGAUUGCUCCUGGACCCUCGCUUCGGGGCCGGUGUUUGCGGCUGUUGGGGCCGCGGGCCCGGUUUGGGCGUCCGAAACGUUCGAGGCGCGAUGUUGUGUUUUAUACAAAUUGAAGGCAGGACCCUUCAAGCAAAAAGAUUACAACUCGCUUUCUUGCCAUCCUCAUUUUAUUGCCAUCACCUGGAACUGAACCCGCAGUGUCUCCAAGGCAGCUGAGGACUUCAGGGAACCCUGACCUAGGGACGUGUCAAUGGCACUUGGAGAAGAAAGGGCAGAGGUGGAGGCAUCCACGGACACCAAGGUCCCGGCUUGUGGGAGGUGGAGCUGCAGGGAACAGGAGGUGGACAUCCCUGUGCCUGUGAAUGGGGAGCAGCUGCCACGCCUAGAAGCUGAGGGAGAGCCUGCCUCCCCUGUGUGGGGGGCAGAGGGCCUAUCUGCCCCCACCUGUUGCCCCUCUGGAGCCUGCCAGUCACAGGCCACCAGUACCAGCAAGGAGCAAGUGGCUAGUGCAUCUCAGCGUGCUCUCAGUUGCCUGCAUCCUUCUGCCCGUGUGGGCACUGGAGAUCUGCAUUCUCUGGGAGGUCAGGUAGCUGCUAAGAUGGAGGAUGCCAGUCUUUCUGCCUCAGGGGAGCUUCCUCAGAUUGUAACCAUUCCCAAAGCCACGGGUCUUUGCUCAGGACAUGAUGCAGAUACCGAAGACGAUCUGUCCCCAGCUGAGGCACCUCCGGUGCUGGACCUCAGCCAACAGACUCCCAUCUCAGGUUUCCCUUUCUCCUCAAAGUGGAGGUCCAUGGUGAGCCCAGGUGCCGCUGCUCCUCAGUUUUCCAGCUGCAGUGUCUCUGCCUCAUCCCCUGGUGGCAGUUUCCAGGGUCGCCAAGAGAAGGCAGAGCCUCAGAGUGGCUCCCUUGCCAAGGUCUCCUCUUCCCUAGAGCUGGUCGGCCCCCAGGCAGUCCCCUCUGUGGUGGGGCCAGGACCUCAGCUCCAGUGGUCUCCACAGCCUGUGUCCUCUGGAGACGAUGCUUCUGGGCUGAGUGGGAGGCACUUGUCCUUCCAAGCCGAGUACUGGGCCUGUGUGCUGCCAGAUUCCCUGCCCCCUUCCCCUGAUCGCCACUCCCCACACUGGAACCCAAAUAAAGAGUACGAAGACCUACUGGACUAUACUUACCCACUUAGGCCCAGGCCUUGGCUCUCAAAGCAUGUUGACAGCCAUGUGCUGGUUGAUCCUGUCCUGCAAGACUCAGGCGUAGACCUUGAUAGCUUUUCUGUCUCCCCUGCAAGCACUCUGAAGUCACCCACUGAUGUCUCCCACAGUUGCCCACCAGCGGAGGCCACUGCCCUGCCGUUCUCAGGGUCCCGAGAGCCAAGCCUCAAACGGUGGCACUCUGGAGGACCCCAGGAGCAGGGCAGCAUCAGGCUGGCAUCUUGUGGCCAGCUUGCGUCUACACCCAGGGCCACAGGCAGUAGGGGCAGUCCUUGGAAGAGUAGAGAGCCAGCCCUGAGGGGUAUGAAGAACUGGCGGCCUAUGGGCAAGUCCUUCAAGGUGAGCCCUCCCCAGCUGAGGACAUGGGACAGAGGGUGGCCCUCAUCCAGGCCAGAAAGAGAGAAAGGAGCCAGCCGGGGUAUCCAGCACCCUGCCUGUGUGGAGUUGGGAUGGAAGCCAGAAGAGGACCUGGAAAGUGAUGACGAGUAUCUUGCCCUGCCCACUCGGCUGACACAGGUUUCUAGCUUGGUUUCAUAUCUAGGUUCUAUUCCCACUUUGGAGACCCUGCCAGCUGGGGCUGCUGAAGGGCAGAGCUCCCUGGAUGUGACAGACAGUGAUGGACCUACUUCCUUCCCAUCGGACUCCAGCCAAAGCCACCUUCCCUCUGGGACUACCCUCAGAGGGUCUGGGGAGCUUGAGGGGCAGAACUGCUGUUUGCUGCGCUCCUUCAUCCAUGCAAGGGACUCUGCAGGGGACGGCAGUCUGGUGAGCAGCCAGGCGCUGGAGGUCUCUGGACCUCUGAGAACACACUCCUCCUUGCCAGUUGUUUUGGACCCAGAUUCUAAAGGGCAGCCUCCCAGGAGAGGAAGAGAGGCAGGAAAAGACUCACUCAUGCAGUGUGUGAAGACCUUUUGCUGUCAGCUAGAAGAGCUGAUCCACUGGCUGUAUAAUGUCGCAGAUGUUACUGACCACUUGACUCCACCCAAGUCCAGUCUUACAGGUCUCAAGUCAUCUCUGCAGCUUUACCGGCAAUUUAAGAGAGAUAUAGAUGAACACCAGUCCCUGACGGAGAAUGUCUUAAAGAAAGGGGAGAUUCUUCUAAAGUGCCUGUUGGAUAACACCCCAGUGUUACAGGAUGUUCUCGGGAGGAUUGCAAAGCAGCCCAGCCAGCUGGAGAGCCACGCAGAUCACUUGUAUGACACUAUAUUGGCCUCUGUGGACAUGCUGGCUGGCUGUGCCCUCAUCUCGGACAACACACCGAUGGCACACAGGAGUGCUGAUGUGACUGGGAUUAGCCUGGCAUCUUCUCAGGCAGAGAUGUAAUCUGCCUCCCAAAACCUGGCUGGUCGGAAACUUUCAGGAAGUUCUAGUAAGAGCAUUUAACGUUGAUAUUAAGGAGGAAACUUAACUCUAAUGUACUAGCUUAUAUAAAAUGCCUUUCUCUUCCCUGAAGUAAGGGGCUACCAAGUUACCGUUUUUAUUUAAAAUGAAUCCUUCCAAACUAAGGUAUUCCUUUGGUGCUGCUUCUCUACAAAGAGCAUGUGGCUUUGCCAGUUUGGAUAAAAUAAUGCUCAUAGGCUUAUUCAGCUUUCCUCCCUUCUCUAUCCAGUUAAAAAGAGCAGACAGAGCUCUUAAACUAGUCCAUGUGCUGAGAGCAUUUAAGGGUACCAAAUGCUCAGUACUCUCAGGUAUACAAGAGGAUCCAAGAGACUGAAAAAAAGUGAGUGGUUGGCCAGGAACUUGGUUCCUUCAGUAAAACUGAAGCUUACCGUUUAUAAAUCUCUCUUUGACGCUUUUUAGAAGAUACUACUAACUCACCAAAUUCUUAGAAAAAAAACAGGCUCAUUCUUCUAUAAAUCAGUCUGGGCUGUCAGUAUCUUCUGUCAUAUUCAGGGCUCAGGGGGUUCAUCCCCCACCCUGACUGUCUUAAAGGAAAAUGAGCAGGGACUUUGGGAGCUGCUGUUGAGCUUCAGCUAGGCUGUGGACUAAUGACCCACUGUAAGGGGUACCUUUAGGAGGAUGCACCCCUUCAUUCCUACUCUGGUGUGGAAGAGUAAGUCCAAGGUCAGGGAAGGGAAGGGCAUGGACUCUCCAAGGCUGUCAGUAAUGAAAGAAAACAAGGAAAUUUUUUGUUGCUUGGGAGUUGAUGGAAAUAAAUCUACAGAUCAGCCAUUGAAAGCAUCAAUUCUAUGGCUUUUUAAAGCAAAAUGAUCACCUAUUGCUGGUGUAACCAGACUCUGCAAAAACAAAAAUCACUUAGUAGUAUUGAGCCAUGAAUGAAAAUGGAAGGAGGAAAGUGUAUUUCACCCUAUACACUUUUAGAAUGAUAGUAAGUUAAUAAGACUUACAGGUUCUUCAUACUUAAAUAUAUAUUUAAAGGCCUUUUUUCAAACUCCAGAUGAGCACGUCAUCUUGAACCAAAAGAAGGUGAUGUUGAAAAAGUCUGCUUCAGACUUCUAAUUUCCCUAAAAUUACUUCCUUUAAAAUAAUUCUUAAGACUUUAGUUUUCCAGGCUGAGCCACAACUAUUUUGUUUUUAAUCCUCACCGGGCUAUUUUUUCCCCCCACUGCUUUGAGAGAGGGGGGAAAUACCAUUAAUGUGAAAGAGAAACAUCAUUUGGUUGCUUUUUGGUACCUGCCCCAACCACUGUUCAGUCUCGGAAACAGCUCCAACCAAGCCACAUGGGCCAGGGCUGAGCCACAUAAUCUUACCAUCUCGUUCACUUCCAUGUGAACUGAAGUCCUAUUAAAUGUUUCUGCUUCAGAAUUCCUUAGACUUCAUAGUCAAUGGAGAAUUAUAUAAAUAAAAUUCAGUAUUUCAAGUGCUUGCUGCUGCUAUGGUAUCAUUUACCAUAAUGCUUAAGGGUAUAAUCAGAGUUAAACUGUAUAUUCAGAUUUUGCCCAUAUUAUGAUUCUCCAUCUUAAAACUUGGUUCCAUACAUGAACUUUAAUAGACAAAACACCUCCUUGACAAAUGGUUACAAAUGUAAAAUACUCUUGACAGCCUAGAAUUGGUUAAAAAGGCAGUUAUAUCUAACUGCCUUUCACUUUCUCUUUGUGGCUAUAAAGUGGCACAUGCCUUUCCACUGAGUAUGUUACAGGAUAGCAGUUAGGAGUUAAACUCAGUUAUUUACUAGUAUCUGAUAAGCAUGAAAAUAAGUAAAUGUAGGCAUGAAAAUAAGUGUCUAUCCAUUAGCAAAGAAAAACUGAAGAUGACAACUCUAUGUAAACAAACUGGCCAAUGAUAUAGUAAUUGAAUGCUACAUAUGCCGUUGUAUUCUCAUUCAACCUAGUAACUGUAAUGAUGGGAAUUUUCAGAGUGUUUUAUUUCAAAGUACCCCAUUUCCCAAGGAAGUACUACUUUCACAAAGAGAUGAACUCAAGGUUUUUGUUCAUCUCCUCUGAAAUAAGGUGUGACUGAAGGGUGCUUAUUCUGGACUUAGCUGUGAAUGCCACAAAAAAGUAUCAACACAGCUGAUGAUAAUUUCCUCUUCAGCAGUGCUACAUAUAAAAAGUCGAAGACCUCCCUUAAAACUGAAGCUGAAACCGUUUCAGCCUAGUAAGAUGCCAGCAGCAUUUCUACGAGCAAACAUGGCCACACGGAUUCAAAUAGUUCGGCUGGCCAGUAACAGUGGUACACACUAGUCUUGGACACUAGUGGUCUACAGUGACAUAAGUGUGGUAAUGAAAUUCCAACUUUACCUGCAGUAAAAUUUCCUAGUAGUCCCUUUAAAGAAGGAGAAUUUUAAAAUUGUCCACGGGGAAGUUGCAGCACUAAGAGCCGAAACGGCAGUUUCAAGAUCUGGGUUCUUGUUGCAGCUUCAUGGCUAAAGUACAAAUUGGAGACAUUGUCAACAUGGAUGUUUUUGAGGCUGAGAAGGGUUCAUAUGAAAUGUUCUGCAGUGGCAACAUGUAUGUAUGCUGAAGGAAAAUUCAGUCAAAGGUCAAAGAAUAGAAAGUCACUGCUCAGACCAGAAUGGCCAUCAUUCUGUAAGGAUUUCCCAGAGACUAAACUGCUUAGGCUUAACUUAUUGUUACGUGAGCUAAUUUAUGGCACUUACAUUUACAAUAUGACAAGUGAUAGGUUCCCCUUUAUUAAGUGAACAUAUUGUUAAACUGUUAAAGCCCAUAGUAGCUUGAAAUGGGGAUAGGAAUAUAUAUUUUUCAAGACUGCAUUUAUGGCAUAUUCAUAAAAGCGAGGCAAUGCAGCGAGUCCCAGUCUUGACUGUCAUGGGGGAAAGAUGCUAGAAUUUUCAAAACUAAGUAUGUAAAUACGCUUACAUCUUUCAAUAAAGCCAUGUAAUGUUUUCUUGCUAACUCACCAGGAAAAGAAAGCUGACGGUUUGAACAACUUGCUGUUUGAAGUGCGUGCCAUCACAUUAACAUUUGUAUCAUUUCUCUACUUUAGAAUAUAGUUUCUGUAUUCUUUCCCCAUUUAUAUUGUAUUGUAAAGCAAAAAAACCCUUUUUUUUUUUUUUGAAGCAUUUAAAAAAAUCUUCACACAGAUAAUUACUAUUUGGUAACUUGAGUUCAGUUGCCUUAUUUGAGGAUGAAUAGAUCCAACAAGCACAGCUAUAAUACAAAGUAAACUAUGAUUUUUAUUGUGAAAUUCUCAUAGAUGGAAAAUUAAAUUGAAUAUUUAUUCUGUCAAUUUCAUUUUACAAUAAUCUUAUCACUUAUUUUUGUACCAUGUAUUUUCAAUUGCCUGUUUAGUGAAAAUUAAAAAAACCUUUAAAUUUUUGGCUUGUUUUUAAUUUAAAUUUUAUCAUUGAAUUUCAAGACCCCACCAUAAAAUAUGUUGCCAACAACCACAUCCCAAGCCCCUAAGUAAGUAUUUUGGCGGCUGCUGCAACCACAAGGAAACAGUUUUUGAUUUCCAUCACCUUAAAAUGCCAGUGUUAGCAAAACACUUGUUUCCACACAAUAAAAACAAACUCUAGAAUCUUUAAGGUCCUAUUUAACAAAAUUUUCAUAUGUGCAAAAUUCCACGGAAAUAAAUACAUUUUUCUCA